AGGUUUCAUCCUUUUUCUUAGUGCAAAGGAGUUUACUUGAGGUAGGAAUAGAAGACAAGCGUGUCACAGGGCACAGUUGGAUUCUUGAGGUUCUGGUCCCUCCCUCUGCUCUCUGUUCGUCAGGCCCAGAUUAUCGAGUAUACAACUACGCUCGUCUGAAGCUUCUCCCCCAUUCACGCGAGCUGAAACCCUCGCAGCAUUCACCAACCCAGGUUACGAGCGUGUUGAUCUUUCUAUUUGACAAUUUCGCCACGCUUAGUCUCGGAGAAUCAUUUCAAACGAUUUGGCUGUGUACGUCGAAUUCUUUGUAAGGGUUUUCAAACACAGGUAGAAUUUCACUACAGACAGCCGUCGUUUCAGUGGUUAAGGCUCAACAUAACGUUGUUUUAUAUCCGCGUUGGCGACAAGUGGGAAGCUGUUAGAUGAAGAGUGGCAGAACGCAGGGAUGUGGGAAUGGCGUAUUCGAGCCCUGGUGGAGUCUGUUGUUAAGAUGCAAUUGAUGGCGAGGCGUCGUGUUCGUUACAACUAUAUCAUUUCCAACUGCUAGCUGUCGAGUACACUUGGUUAUAUGAGUAGUAAGAUAAUCCUAGACUGUAGUGCACUGCGAUAAAUUUUGGAGGUGGAUGCCCGGAACGUUGUGUGGGGCGCUCGGAGGCUCAAUGACGAACGGAAUCUGUUGGCAGUCAUGACCCCAUUUUGAGCCUUUCAAACGGCUGAUGAGAAACCAGGGAACGUGAGGAGUAAAGUGAGUGAUGUCAGACGCAGAUCAUAUAGCUCAAGCUCUCCAUGGUCACCAUGGCUUGCAUUCCCAUACUCUAGUAGGGCAUCCUCAUGGCUUGUCUAUGAGCCAUUCGCAUGCCCAUCAUGCCCAGGCACAUGAGUUGCAUCACGUUCAGCAGCCAAAUCAAGCCGAAUCAGAGGUCCAGGCUCAAGUCGAAUCACAAGCCCAUGAAAAUGCGGAGCUCGUACAUCACGGACACGUUCAUGGGCAUCAUGGACACGGUCAUGGCUUACAACACAGUGAAGAGAAUGGGGUUGGAGUUGACGAUCAGGACGAUGACCCCGGGGAUGAGGAAGGAUUGGAUGAAGCGGAAAUGCAUUCGGAUGGGGCACACCCAGGUGAUGCGCCAAAUCAACUUGCUGUAAGAAAUCAAGGGACGACUCAGUUGACUUUGUCCUAUCAGGGAGAAGUUUAUGUUUUUGACACCGUCCCUCCAGAGAAAGUGCAAGCCGUUCUUCUUCUUUUAGGAGGCCGCGAGAUCCCACCAGGAAUGUCUGGAGUCAACGUUUCAGGUCAUCAUCAUACGAACAAGGGAGUAUCAGAACUUCCAGCCCGCAUGAAUAUGCCGCAAAGGCUUGCUUCUUUAACCAGAUUUCGGGAGAAGCGGAAGGAGCGCUGCUACGACAAAAAAAUUCGAUACACUGUUCGGAAAGAGGUUGCGCAAAGGAUGCAACGUAAGAAAGGGCAGUUUGCAUCGUCCAGAACUUUGGGGGAUGAAGGUGGUCCGGUUUCAAAUUGGGAUGGCUCUCAGACUCCCGGUCAACAACCUGGACAAGGAGGUGGUCAACAAGAAGUCACUUGUGUUCAUUGUGGCAUUGGAGAGCGAUCCACCCCAAUGAUGCGGAGAGGUCCUUCUGGUCCCCGAACUCUGUGCAAUGCAUGUGGACUGAUGUGGGCCAACAAGGGUGUACUUAGAGAUCUGUCAAAGAAUCCUCCGCUCCCGGGAGCCCCCCAACAACCACACAUGCUUCAUCAGCAACAAAUUAUUAUGCGACAGCAGCAGCAGAUUGAAGCAUUGCAGCAUAGCCUGGAGCAUGUGCCUCAAAGUGGGAAUGAGACAAGAAUGAGCAAUCAGCAGAUGGAUAUGGAGCAGCAGCACAGUAGGGAACUCCUUCCGUCUGCAGCUAAUGGUGGAACAGCAGUUAGUGCUGCAGGUUGAUGGUGUUGUGUUAACGGCCUCGCUCGACUUGCAUGGAGGAUCCGGAGAGGAAUCUCCGUUGUGGUCUCCUGAAUCUUGUACUUCUUACAAGCAAAGUAAACGACAAGGAAGCUCUUCUUGAUGAGCAACAUGUUGAGCCCAGUAGCUCCUGAUUAGAGACUCACGGGAUUGCUUUGGAGAAUCAAUGCAUUGGUUUACGGUCCUCAUUAUGAGGGGAUGGAAUUGGUGCCGAGCUAGACAUCCAUCUGUACGGUGUUUUUAAUGUCACCUACCCGUAAAGAAGUGACCACUCUUGUCUAUUGGGCCAUGUUCCUCUGUCCUGCUCAUCCUUGCAGUCUGAUGGAUCUGUGUGCUAAAGAUUAAGGGGCCCUCUAGCAGAUGUUUUGUUCCAUGUAGCUUGCCACGUCAGAUUGUUCUUCAAAUCGAACAGGAGAUACAAAUUACGAGGCAAUAUAACGGAUAAAUCAAAGAGAUUUGAUCGUCUG